AUGUCUAGCAUUAAUCCUGACAAGAAUAAUGGCCAGGAUGCAAGCAUUGAUGCAUACAAUGGUAAGGUCUUGCUUGCUGCGGUCAUAUGUUUGUCUAUAGUGAUCUUCUUCGUUUUGCUUCUCCAUGGCUAUGCCAGAUGGGUCCUCAGGAGAAGGCCCAUCGUUGCCAACGUAGUGACGGAGCCUCUCCACCGCCGGAGCUUGAGCACAUAUCCUGGCUACGCCAACGAGCUCGAGGUGGCGUUACCGGGAAAUGGGGUCGAUGCCAAGGUCGUGGCUUCCCUCCCUCUCUUCGUGUACAGAUCCAAGGAGCACGAGAACGGGUUGCAUUGCGUGGUUUGCCUGAGCGUGAUGGUGGAGGAUGAGAUCGGGAGGGUUCUUCCCAAAUGCAAGCAUAGGUUCCACGUCGAGUGCAUCGAUAUGUGGUUGAUGUCCCACUCGACGUGCCCCAUUUGUAGGGCACCGGUGAGGACGGAUGAGCCGGCUUCGGUGGGAGAUGGUGCACCAUUAGCUGUGUUGGUGGGGGUGGAGGAGGAGCCGGGCAGUGGAGACGAAGAGUUUAGUGAUCUUAGUGGGACAGUGGAGGGUGAGGUGGUAGUUGAGAUGCCAGUUAGUUCUGAUGAGUCUUCAACUAAUUCCGGUUCUUCCUCUUCCUCCUCCUCCUCGGCUUCUACUUCUUCUUCUGUGGGUUGUUCUCUUAAGAGAAUGUUGAGCAGGAGUAGAUCGGAAAGUAGAGUGUUCCCAUCUCUUCCUGUAAACUAA